CUUUAAAUCCCCGCGCAUGCGCUGUGAGCUUCUGUCACGCUGAAGCCGCUACAUGCUUAGCUAGCUCUCAUUGCACAGCAGCACUUCACACCUUUCUGUCACUCAUGCCGUGAUCUUGUGACAGCGAGACAGAAGAGUCGUUCAUGCAUAGACACCCCAUGCUGACACCACAGGGCAUCGGUUUAUGCUGUGACAAAGGCAUCAGCCCUGCCCACUGUCCUGUACAGCUAUGGCCAAAGACCAGCCAAAUGCGUUUGACCUCGUCCCUCUUCUGGGGUCCUCUGACCUGCACGAGCUGGAACAGGUCAAAAACUUGCUGCAGGAAACUCUCAGCGCAGAUAAAGGGACCAUGUUGCUGAAUAGCCUUGUUGACUAUUUCCUGGAUACGAGCUCAUCUCAAGCUUUGGACAUCCUGUCUUCUGUCAGGGAGCCUCAUGAUAAGUAUCUUCUAGAUAAAAUGAAUGAAUGCAUGGGCAAGCAGAGCUGCCGUCUCUCCACCAUCACCCUCCUUGGCCAUGUUGUUCGCAAGCAGCCACCGUGGAUCCACAAGAUUGCACGCUUCCCUCUUCUUGCUUCUUUGCUCAAAUGCCUCAAGACUGACUCAGAUGUAGUAGUUCUAAUAACUGGUGUGCUGGUGUUAAUCACUCUACUACCCAUGAUUCCUCAAACCAACAAACAACUUCUGUGCGAGUACUUUGAUAUCUUUGGACGGCUUGCUGCAUGGAACCAGCGUCACCCAGGUGCUCAGGGAGUGUUUGCAGUCCAUCUACAUGCCAGCGUGUAUUCGCUUUUUCAUCGUUUAUACGGGAUGUAUCCUUGUAACUUUGUAUCAUAUUUACGUGCCCACUACAGUAUGAAAGAAAAUGUUGACACAUUUGAGGAAGUGGUGAAGCCCAUGUUAGAGCAUGUACGGAUACAUCCUGAGCUCAUCACUGGAACCAAAGACUACGAGGUUGAUCCAAUUAGAUGGAAGAGAUUUGAGCCACAUGAUAUUGUGAUUGAAUGUGCCAAAAUUUCGCUGGAUUCUAAGGAGGCAUCAUCUGAAGAGGGAUACUCCUCUCUGUCGGAUCACAUACCACGGCGUCCUGUAGAUCAUAGCCGAUCAUGCUCAGAGCUCAGUAUUCAUGAAAUCACAUCUGUCACACCAAUGGCUGCUGUUCGUCAGUCUCUUUCUCUGUCACUACCUUAUCUCACUGUAACCCAAGACUCAGGUUCCAGCGCACAGGCCCCCAACCAUCAAAGUGAAGACCUGAAUUCCUCAGGGACGAAGGAGGAGAUGUGGAGCCCUUCCUCAAUGUGUGGGAUGACCACACCUCCCAGCUCUAGAGGAAUGUCCCCCACCACAGUUUCUGACGUCUUACAUAGUGCCUCCCACCUCUCAGGACGGAUCCCCAGCACUCCAGGGGAUGGAAAAUGGACCCUAUCUCCCUCCACGCCUUCAGGGUCAUCUCCUCUCACAUCACUUUCAGAGGACAUGGGGCAGCCUGCCCAAAAUACCAGCAGUACUCAGGCUAAGGUGAUUCAGACGUGCAAAGAACUGAAAAAAGUCACACCCAGAAGUAGUAAUAACAAUGGAGGUGUAGUUGAUGCCAAGACUCCAGUGCCAUUGGCACAGCUCUCUGACAUUGUCAAAAGGGCAGAUGGGGAAAGAGAGGAUGAUACCAUCAACGAGGAGAUUUUGAGUCUCACACAAACGAGAUUGGACUUCGGAAUGAGGCCAGGCAUAGAUUGCUCAUUUUCCGGCUCCUUGGACACCCUUCUCUCAUCUCACCCCAGCCAUGAGCAGAAUUUAGUGUCCACACCAGACAGGGUUGAAUGCACUACCAAAGGAGGAGAACAGCAACCUCCCUGGUCCCUCUGGCCUGCUUUCACCCCCAUCGAGAAUGGGAAGAGCAGUAAAUUUUCUCUGUCUGAUCUGACGAAGGAGUCCAUGCCUUAUGAGCCACUCUUUGACCUUGCCUUGCCUAAGGUAGCAUCUCUGUUUUUGGAGAGGAAGACCGCAGAGGCCUUUCAAAGGGCUGGAGGAGAAAAGGAGGACAGAGAGGAGCUGGAGGGGGAGGAUCUUUCUGCCACCUCCCCUCUGGAGGUGUUGGACCGUGUUAUUCAGCAGGGUCAUGACACUCAUGAGAAAGUGCUGAAGAGAACUCUGUCCUCUCAAAGUCAGUCAGCAGACCAACACUCUGGAGGUAAACAGCAUAGCAAUAAAGGAAAAGGUCCUGUGUCUGCAGCAUCAGAUGAGCUGGGGAUGUUGCGCAGUCAGCUGCUAUUGCUACAUAACCAACUGCUGUAUGAGAGACAUAAGAGAGAGCAACACGCACUUCGUAACCGCCGUCUGUUUGGCCGUAUCGUUAACACUACUGCUCUGGAAGAGCAAAACAACUCCAUGAAAACUCAACUCAAACUUCAGGAAAUUGAGAUCAAGACUGUGCAGGUAAGCCUGCAGGAGGAGCAGCGGCGCUCCAGACGGGUACAGGAAGACAGAGAGGCUCUUGUGAGCCAAUUGCAGACUCAAAUCCAGCAGCUACAGAAGGAGCGGAAUGACUACUACUCAAAGAUGCAGGAGCUAAAGAGUGAUUUGCAGGAGAAUCAGAAGAAGGUUGGAGAAAUGGAGGCAGAGCUGCAGAAAGCCAAUAACAAAGUGUGUAAUAUGGGACACAUGCUCAGCCAGCUGUCCAUCAAGCUGAACAAUAGUGAAAACAUGGAGCAGCAGAUGGCUUUCCUGAACAAGCAGCUGCUGCUUUUGGGUGAAGCCAACAAGUUAUUUGCCGAGGAAAUCGACCGCUUGGGGCCUGAGGCUAGCAAGGAGCUGAAUAUGCUGCAGGCAUCUUCACUGCGUGAGGUUGAGCGUUUGAGGCAGAGCUCUCUCCAGCAGAGUCAAAGACUUGAGGCCGCCCAACAGCGCAUCACAGACCUGGAGAACCAACUCACCAAGAAAGAGCAAGUCAUCCGAGAGCAAAAGAAACUGCUGGAAAACGUCAAAAGCCAAGCCAUGGAACAGCUGCAGGCUUCAGAAAACCGGUAUUUGGCCCAGAAGCACAUCACUAAGGCAUUACAAUCUGAGCUGCUUGAACUCUAUAGCCAGAUAGAGCUCAAGAACCUGAACACUAAUGCACCAGCAGAGCCCACUUCUGAGCCCAGCAGUCCCACCAACCAGAGGCCAAAUGGCAACAGUACAGGCCCAUCUGCUCCAUCUCCAUCAGCCAACCCAAUGAAAAGAGAGGAAUGCACGCACAUGUGUGUCAAUGGUGAAAUAUCUGCUGGGUCUCCACAAACACCCACAACAUUCAUUAAUGGCAGCCAGGAAGAAGAUCUUUCCGCCCUUACCCAUUCAUUUCCUGCCCUCCCCUGUGACUCCCCACUGGCAGUUGGCUCUUACCCCAGUACUGGAAGCUUUUUGGGUAAGAGAGCCAGAGAAAUGUUUCGCAAUAAGAGCGAGAGCCACUAUGAGGGCGAGCCGUCUGCCUUCACCUGCCUUUCCAAGGAUUUUAAGGUUCAGCCAAUCACAGAUCCCAAAGAGAGCAUGGAGCUUGAAGGGGCUACUGAGCAGGCUGACCUGCAGCCCAUGGACAGACCUCGGGCGUAUAAUAUUCAGCGGCGGAGGCAGCAGGAUCUGCGGAUCAUGGACUACAACGAGACCCUCCAUGAGCAUUGAUUGUAUAUACUGCUGACAUGAUUGUCCGCAGUUAGAAGAGGAUAAUUUUGAACCCAGUAUUAGAACGCAACGCUCUUUUUGUUAGAGUGGUUUGCAAUGUUUUAGUUCAUUUUAAAAGCUCUUGUACUAUGAAAUAGCCAAAAAAAAAAAAAAAAAAAAUUGUCGCUUGGCAGUUGCCAUGUAGUCACCACAUGGCAAGAGAACAUCUUGUCUUCAAACAAAAAGGUUCAUUAAUCUCCUGUCUAAUAUGAAUUCAUUGUAAUUCAGUAUAUUUUUGUUUUGUUUUUAUAAUUGGCAUUCAGUAAGCGACCGUGGUGAUUAUAUUGCAUGGUGGCUGGAUGUUAUUUGGGCCUCUGUACUGUAUUUUCCAGCAAAUGUAUUGACUUAAUCACUGUAUUUGCUCUUGUAAUAGUACUGUUCGGUUUCCAAUACUCCUAGAUUGAUCCACGCAAAAUGCCCCUUUUAGUCACUGCGAGAUGAGCAUUGUUAAUUUCCGCUGAUGUGACUCAGAAAUUGCACAAUACAGAGUGUGAUCACUGCAAACAGAGCACUGUAAAUAGAUCAUGCCUCUGACAAAACAAACAAUCAGUCUGAUAAAAAUGUGAAAAACUAAAAAGCUAUGUGGCGUAGGUGAAGUAGAAUAAGAAAUCGCAUUUCAUUGCUGAGGCAAGCCGUGUAUAUGCCAUAGCAGUGCUUUGUGUGCUUCGCCUAUAGAGAAUAAGCAAGUCUUGUGUUGUAUUUCUAGUAAUAGAUUUUAUUUUUAUGCAUUAAUGUUCUCCACUGGGAUUGUAGCGCCCAGUCACCAGUGCAAUACUUCUUAGCUAACACUUCAUGCCAGCUCGAAGGUAUGAGUGAUGAUGGGAAAAAUAAACAGAUUUAGAUUGCUGCUUUGCAGGACCGUCAGAGCCUUAUAGAACACAGGCCAGGCUGCUGUAGGUGCAUUUGUACAGUCGAGACCUAUUGAGAAAUGAAAAUAUCUUUGUGGUCUAAGAUGUGUCAGAUGGGUGAAUGUUCUUGUGUUAAUAGCGUACAGAACACGGCCACUGCAAUACUUCGACACACUAAACUUUGAAAGGAAGCUGCUUGCUGUAAGCCAGAAGGCUUAUAUGCCUUUAUUAUUAUUUUUUUUUUUUUUCAUUUCUGUUUUACGCAGGUCAGACCCCAUCUGCAACAAAAAGCCUUCAUAUAAUGGGCUGCAGCUGGCUGAAGUAAAAGCACUUCUUUUUUAAUUCAGGCCCUCUUAAGAUUGCUGAACCCUAGAAGAGCAAUAUACUUGUCUCUUUCUAAAAAAAAAAACUUGCCCCUGGGCUUUGUUUUCAGUGCGAGAUAUAAUAGGAAUAUGUGAAGUGCUGUUUCGUAUAAAAUAAAAUAAAAUAAAAUGCUGGCUUUGGUCUGCCAGCUGGGGAAAUGGCUCAGAGAGUUUACAGUGAGAAUUGAAAUCUAUGGAAAAUCACUGCUGUUUUUCUUUGUUCAAACUGUUAUCAUGGUUUGCCAUGAGUGUGAUCUUACAGCUUGUGCUUUGUUUCCGUCACUCUGACUUUACGUUCUGUUUUUAUACCAAAAGCCCUCUCAAACAUUUUGUUGUUUCACAAAAUGCCUUACUGAAAAAGUAGGAAACCUGUCCGUCACCUGAAGUCGUUUGUCAAAAGUUAUCUGAACUAUGGUACAAUCAGACGGUGAUUGGUGUAAUGGGUAACCAGGGACUCUAUUUUGAAUUUGAGAAAACAGAUUUGUGUUCCUCACUUGCUAUGAUCAACAAAAAAUAAAAUAUAUAUGUUUUGCA